AUGGCAUCGAAGUUGGCCCCAAAGCCCAUCUCACGGGCUGUCAAUCAAGUCCGCCGAGCACACACGCGGAGCAGUCCUGGUUCCACACCUCCAUCAAUGGUGAUCCUGGAUGACUACCUCUCUGUGGCGCAACCACAUUUUGCGCAUUUAGCUCCCGCCGACAUCAAUAUCGACAUUCUCAAGUCGCAUGUACCUCAAAAUACGCAGGAAGAGCGGAAGGCUCUGGUUGAAAGGCUUCGACCGUAUAAUAUCAUAUCGGCGAUGCGCGAAAGAACGCCAUUUCCUUCUGAACUGCUGCGCAGCUUACCGAACCUGAAGCUGCUGCUCUGCACUGGCACCCAGUUCGAGACCUUUGACCUCGACGUCGCGAAAGAGCUCGGCAUCAUGGUUGCUGCGGCUCCCGGAAAGGGCCGCAGCGACAAGCCUGAACCCUCGGGCACGCCACUUCCCGCUGACAUUAAAAAGGGAGGCGGCCACCCGACGACGCAGCACACCUGGGCACUCAUUUUGGCGCUCGCCAGAAACGUGGCGUUUGAUGAUGCCGUCGUCAAGUCGGGCGGCUGGCAGUCUGGCCUGGCGACGGGCCUCCCCGGGAAGACCCUCGGAGUCAUCGGCCUAGGACGACUGGGUGCGGCUGUGGCGAGGAUCGGGGCCCUGGCUUUUGGCAUGAAGGUGGUCUGCUGGAGUGCAAACUUGGACCAGGACAAGGCGGACCAGGCCGCGGUCAAUCUCGAUUUGCCCACUGAGAAUGAGUUCGGGGAGAGGACGUUCAAGGCGGUCAGCAAAGAAGAGCUGUUUCGGACUGCGGAUGUGGUCAGCUUGCACUAUGUUCUCAGCGAACGAUCGAGAGGACUGGUCUGCGCAGACAUGCUGGCCCUCAUGAAGCCGAGUGCAUUGUUGGUCAACACCUCUCGUGGCGCUCUAAUCGACCAAGAUGCUUUGCUUAGUGCAGCGCAUCAGGGCCAAAUCCGCGGCAUAGCCAUGGAUGUUUUUGAGCAAGAGCCUCUUCCUGAAAAGGAUCCUUGGCGCAUCGAGCAAUGGGGUACUGGGGGACGAUCCAAGGUGCUCACCACACCUCACAUGGGUUACGUGGACGAAGGUCUCAUGAACAGGUGGUAUGCGGAGACGGCCGAAAAUUUGGAGCGUUGGCUGGCGGGGAAAGAGAUUCUCCAUCGCCUCGUUUGA